UGGGGCUUAAUGCGCGUCUUGUCAACCCGUCCUCCUCCCUACACCUACGGAGAGACACCUAGCCUCUACGCUCAUCAGACCAGAGUGCUGACGGACAGCAGACAGACCCCUCUCAUCAGAUUCACAGAGUUCGGCUCCGAUCACCUUCUGGAACGUAAAACUGCCACCGAACACAGCAGAAGCCUCUUAUCUCUCCUGGCUUGUUUAUGUAUAGCCAUAGGUUUGUCAGGACUGUCUUUCGUGAUGUGCGUGACCCUGGCGGGGCGAGUUGCUGUGGACUGAGAUACUGUGGAGUAUUAAUGUUCGCUGUUCUUUAAAAUUCAACGCGGGGUGCUGUGGGAUACAGUGGCUACUCGGUAACUCACAAGCAAAGCGGCUGUUUUCUCCUAUGUGAAAAUGGAAUGGACUGGGACAUGGAUUUUUAACCCCAGAGGUGUUGAAGCGUUCUGUGCUCUUAAAAAACUAUGUAUUUGUGCAGCUUUGAUGGGCGCAGUUCUCUUACGCGUCAACGCAGAGAGCUGUCCAUGGUCUUGCUCGUGUGCCAACAGCACGGCGACGGUGUCCUGCCUUGAUUCGCAAGAGACCGAGAUACCUGGGGACAUACCGCCGUGGGUUAACACUUUAAUUCUCAGGGGCAACAAUGUCUCCACUUUACCUGAAUGCGCGUUUUCUCCCAACGGGACCGAAUUGGAGCUCGUCACUCUGCUUCUGUCUCAUAACAACAUUCAAACAAUUGAGCCCUACGCCUUUUUGGGACUUCCUCGCCUUCAACUGUUGGAUUUAAGUCAUAACCGACUCGUUGUGAUAUCCGAAAUGGCUUUUUAUGGGUUGGAAGAGCUGCGGUAUUUGCACCUGAAUGACACACUCACUGCUUUUGGCGCUAGACAGUUGUCCCGCGCACUGGACAGUGAAAGUCUGCGCAACCUUCAAAGGCUGGAGCUGUCAGGGAACAGACUGAAAACUGUUCCCUUGGCGAGUUUUGACACGUUUAACUUACAUGUUCUUGUGUUGACUAACAAUUCCAUUGAGGUUAUAGGAAAAGACAACAUUACAAGUUUUAGUGAGUUAAGGAAUCUGGACGUGUUCCUGGCCCAGAAUCCAUUUAGAUGUACAUGUGACAUUGAGACAUUUUACCACUGGCUUAAAAACUCGUCUCAGUGCCCGGACUCGCACCAGCUGCUGUGCUCUCAGCCCGAUGGGAAGAAGGGGAUCCCGCUGGAGAAACUUCGGCAUGAGGAUGUGGACUGCCGGAGCGCGGAGCUAGAGGCCGUAUCUUAUGUCUUCCUCGGCUUAGUUCUGGCUCUGAUCGGAGUGGUGUUCUUGAUGGUGUUGUAUUUGAACGGAGGGGGUAUCAAACGAUGGCUGAACAACUUUCGCGAUGCAUGUCGCGACCAAAUGGAAGUGUAUCAUUAUCGCUAUGAGCAGGAUUCGGACCCCAGGUUAGCCAACGUGGCGGUCUGAGGCUUGACCAGCCUCACUCCUCCGCCACAAUAACCUUUCGCCUUUUAUUUCAGAGAAAGGUACCUCGUCCUCAUCAUUUCACUCGUCGCAAAGGCACGUUCAUCAGGACCUUUAGCGACCUGCUUGCUGAACACAUUCUAGUCCUGGUCAGUAUUGUCACACCAGAGGUAUUUUUGUCAACAUGGACUUAGACUACCACAGAGUCAAAACAAGGUCUAGUAGUUGUCCUAUACAUUAAAUAAUGGCAUACAGCUGCUACAGCUGAAAUUAUGCCUAAACACUCAUACAGGGGUAGAGUUAGUAUGUACAGAGCUUCAUGUAGUCACCAGUCAUCUGUAGUCACCAGUCAUCUGUAGAGGAAACCUACGAACUGGUGACCUAAACACACAGUGGUAGACGGUGUGACGGAUAGUGAGACGGUGUGACGGAUAGUGUAAAUGAUUUAAG